AUGGGGGUCGGUGGGUGCUUAGUCCUGCCCUGGCGGUGCCUAGUCGUCCUGUGUCUUAGGCUGCUCUUCCUUGUGCCCGCAGGAGUGCCGGUGCGCAGCGGAGAUGCCACCUUCCCCAAGGCUAUGGACAACGUGACCGUCAGGCAAGGGGAGAGCGCCACCCUCAGGUGCAUUGUUGAUAAUCGAGUGACUAGGGUUGCCUGGCUCAACCGUAGCAGCAUUCUUUAUGCUGGCAACGACAAGUGGUGCUUGGACCCCCGGGUGGAGCUCAUCGCUAACACCAAAACCCACUACGCCAUCCGGAUAAAUGCCGUGGACGUGUAUGACGAAGGGCCGUACACCUGCUCUGUGCAGACUGACAAUCAUCCAAAGACUUCUCGAGUCCAUCUUAUUGUGCAAGUACCUCCCAAGAUUGUCGAGAUCUCUUCAGACAUCUCCAUCAAUGAAGGUGGCAACGUCAGUCUCACCUGCAUAGCUACAGGCAGGCCAGACCCAGCCAUCACUUGGAGGCAUAUCUCACCCAAAGCCACAGAAUUCAUGAGUGAAGAUGAGUACUUGGAGAUCACUGGCAUCACCCGGGAGCAGUCGGGGGAGUACGAGUGCAGUGCAUCCAACGAUGUAGCAACCCCUGUUGUGCGGAGAGUAAAAGUCACAGUCAACUACCCGCCAUAUAUUUCGGACACUAAGAACACUGGGGUGCCAGUGGGACAGAAGGGUAUCCUCCAGUGCGAAGCUUCUGCAGUCCCAUCAGCAGAAUUCCAGUGGUACAAAGAUGAUAAAAGGCUUAUUGAAGGACAAAAAGGGCUGAAAGUCGAAAACAAGGCCUUCUUCUCUCGCCUGACAUUCUUCAAUGUCUCUGAACAGGACUAUGGAAAUUAUACUUGCGUGGCUUACAACCAGCUAGGAAACACCAAUGCCAGCAUCAUUCUGUACGAAAUAAGUGAGCCCACAAGCUCAACCUUGUUCCAAGAAGAGACAGCCGCAGUCCAGACACCCUGGAAAGGCCCUGGAGCAGUGCAUGAUGGGAACAGUGGUGGGUCAAGAAGAGCUGGUUGCAUCUGGCUGCUUCCCUUCCUUCUCUUGCACCUGCUGCCCAAGUUUUGACCCCGUCAACCAUGGUGAUCAGAAGAAUAAGAAGAAGAAGAAGAAGAAAAGAAGAAUAUUAAAAAAAUUAAAAUAAUCAUAAUAGUAAAGAGAGUAUAUUAUGAGGAGAUCUUGGGGAGAGAGAAAGGGAGUUUGAAAAACAAGAGGAGUCCAAAUUGUUCUGCUAAUGUUUCAACAUGACUGAUGUUUCAUUUUUUUUUCUUUCUAUUUUUCCCAUUUUUCCCCGCCAUGGACAAGUAUGCAGCUGUUGGGGAUCAACCAGUACAUUUGGCUGAGUGACCAUUGUUCCCAUUGCCCCACCCGCUCCCUAACAAGGCAGCUGACUCAUGCUUGUUUGCUUUCUCUGAAUCUGCCCAACUCUCCUACAUGGAGGAUUACGUUGUUGGCUGCCUUGUAUACAGCACAUCACAGCUUUUGUCCUCUGAUUCCCCUCCUCUUCACGGACUGCGCUGUUAUUUGUUUGAUUGCAAACUACAACAAAACAACUACAGAUGACAACCACUCUGAUAUAGCAACCACAAGCAA